AAUUGACUGAUUGAUUGAUUGAACAAAGAGAAAAAAUCACUCGUUCUACUGUCCGCCUGACGCAGCAUUUCGGCGCGAGAACAAAACGCCGUUCCACACUUUUCGCAUUCAUCAUUUCAGAUGUGUGAGGAAAGCCAAACUAGGUUUACAUGUAAAAUUCUACAGGCUCUCUGGUUUUAAGCUGCAUAACUGUGCUACUUUACGCUUGAAUUGUAGGGCAAAUUCCUGAAAAUGCGCAGAGGAGGUUACGUUCCAUGCCUGGAGUACAAGUCUGCGGACGGUGCCUGGUACGAAGUUUCGCUGAAGCUUGAAAAUGAUAAGCUCAUAAUUCACUUUGAAGGAGAUUUCGCUGGAGCUCGCGAUGAAGAAUUUUCUUUGGAAAAUGUUAAAGAUUUGCAGGAGUUGGAGGCGGCAUUUCGGCUGCCUUCGAGACAGCUGAUUGACAAGGAAUGUGAAAAGGUGACGCCCGGAAUGGUGGUGUGCGCGUCUCAUACCGGCGUGGAUAGGAGGACUUUUGAUGCAAGGGUUGAAAAGGUCACUGGGUCGAAAGUCAAACAUAUCUCUGUGGAUGGAGAGGAGCAAUGUAACUGUAUCUAUGAAGUUUUAUGGCUUGCUGGUCCAUAUGAAAGGGAAAGGACGUCCAUAUAUUGUGAGAAUAUCUAUUUAUUACAGUCUAAGAAAAUUCAAAGUCACCCUGUAAUUAAGGGUGUUGUAAUAUAUUUAGAAAAUAGAAAGGAUUAUAAGUCACAAGUAGCUGUUGAAAAUUCUUCACAAACAAAUACAGAAAAAAUAGGCGACACCAUUAGUAGGCCUUUGAACUCUCAAGUAACAAUACUGUCUGAAAAUACAGUGAGGAUUAUGAAUAGCUGUUGGCCUGUUGGAGCUAGACAGGUGAUAGACAUUGAAGAAGAGUCAGGAGAAUUGAAGUCGACACCAACAAAUUUGAAGGAAACGGAAGAUCUUGAGGAAGGUUUCAACCAUAAAUUGAAUAUUAAAAGCAAUAUUCUCCAGAAACUAUUUUCCAAUGAUGAUAAACCUGAAUGCCUUGUUCAGCAUAUGAUAUAUGGCAUACCAGGAAACUGUGUUUUGAAUGGAGAAGACACAGAUAGUAACUUGUGUUCUCCAAAACAGGAAAACAGCCGCACUGUAGCUGCAGUGUGUAAAUCAGAAGGCGAUUUUUCUGAAAGGGAUUUGAGUGCAUGUAUGCAUUCUCUUAUGGGAGAUGCCAAGGGUGGGUCUGGAGGCUGGAUUGAUGAUGACUCUCCCAGUCUGGGGAAGAAUUGUGAUGGCAAUGUAGUAGGUAAUAGUGAUAGUGACUGUCCCCAUUUCUCUACGACUGGGGAUGCGGAUCUUGUGAACAGAAAUAAAGAAUUCUCAGAAGAUUGGUCAGCAAGAUUAGGUAAUUGUAAUAAAAGUCCAUCUCAUGUGAUAAUUGAAGAUGAGAGUGCAGACAUGCAAAAAACUGAUAUUGUAAUCGUGUGUCCUUCAAACAUGAAAGUACAGAGAAAUUUGGAUUUAGCCAAGAAUGAGGGGGUCAUGAAUGCUUGCACUGUUUUCUCUGAGGGUAGAAGUGAAGAACCCAAGUUCACAAGCAAGUUUGCUAACAAUAGUUCUAUUCAAAACUGUGGUAGAAACACUGGAUGUGAACCAUGCUUGACACUUAAAAAGAGGAAGGAUCCCUUUUCAUCAGACUUUUAUGCCUGUGAAGAUAUUAAGAAUGACAAAGUGAAGAAAUCUGGCAUGGACGUAGAUGUUUGCAUUUCAGAUUCUAUGGGGAAGCCCCAAAGAAAACAACCCAGAGAUGACAACAGCAAUUCAGUCAAGAAUAAGAUAAAAGAGAAUAUUUCUUGUGAAAAGGAGCCAGGAGACAUGGUUAAAAACAGUGACGCUCUUGUCAAAGCAGAACUGCAAUGUAAAUAUGUACAUCAUUCUCCUACAGGAUUACAUGGUUUUCACGCAGAUCUUUCGCAUGAUGGUUAUAAACACCAUUGUUAUUUUAAGAAUUGUUGCCCAUGCUGUACCCAUUUUCAUUUGAGCCAUGAGUACUGUGCAGAAUGUGUCAGAUAUAUUUGCGGUGUGGUUGGUAAAGCUCCUCAUUAUUCUAGUCAAGUGGUAUGUACUGGAUGCUGCCCAUUUAGCUUGAAGCAGGCUGUGGAACAGAUUUCUAUGAAUUUUUGUCAACCUAGAAGAGAAGAAGAGUUUCAGGACCAGCACAAUUUAUUUUCUUCCUCACAUGUUAUCUUGUUAGAGAAUUUGGACAAAGAUGUGAACCCAUCAGAUGUAUUAAGUAUCAUUCAACAGGCAGGUGUGGAUUUUGUAAAGGUGUAUGUCUCACCACCUCAAGGUUUCCAAAAUUUUACGAGAGGCAUUGUUUGCUUUGAAGAUCAGGAAAACUUCCAAAGGGUGUCUGCAUAUUUGCAGAAUGAAAAUAUUAUAGUCACGUCUUCAAAUGGAAGACCAUGGGUGGUUAUAGAUGCAGGGAAUGGGUUAUCUGAAGGUUCCUUUGGAGGGUUCACUACAGGGCCCAAGUGCUAUGAAGUUUCAUCUAACAAGGUCCAGAUUUGUCGGAGAGGUACCCCUGAGUAUGAGAGUGCAAAGAAGUUAAGAGACAAGUUUUUGGAGUGGUGGGAACAUGUAAAGCUAUUACACCAAGCAUUAGCUAACAAGGAAACUGCACUAUGAUCAUUAAUAAUCCAUAUGAAGAGAGGCUUCCGAUCACAGCACAACUUGAGAGGAUCCUGGUUUUUAUAUUGUAAUAGUAUUCUGUUCUAGCAGAGAUUGAAUGGAGUUGGUCAAUCGCUAUGGAUAUUUUGGAUGCAAAACAAAUUGGAAGUGUAUCAUUCAUCGUCAAUUCUUAUUAGAUGCAAGCAACUUUCUCAAAUUUUUGAAGUGAUAUUGGCUGGUCAGUUUGUUACAAAGCAGAACUAACUUCCAGAAAAUCUAUGCUCAAGGCUGAGUCUAAGGUUUCAUUUUUGAAAGACACCGAUACCUUCAUUUUUUUGUAUACAUGAUUCAGUCAAUGUAAAGUGAUUUCUUUCUAUGGAUUUUUAAGUGAGAUUGACUGGGCAUUUGCCUGUAAAGUAGAAUUCAGAUGCCAAGUAUAUUUAAUUCAAAAGGAUGUACUAAGAGUCUAAUCACUAACAUGAACGUUGUAUUUUUGUAUUGAAGUAUAUAAUUGAAGUUUAUA